AGAGAGAGAGAGAGAGAGAGAGAGAGGAGAGAGAGAGAGACAAACGAAAGUCCCAUCUUCUUCUCUCUUCUAGUCCCUCUGUAUUUUUCUUCUUCUUCUUCUUGUUAUUGUUUCCUCUCUCUCUCUCUUUUGUUGAGAAUGGUUGCUUCUUUAUCUUCUUGGCCUUGGGACAACAUGGGACUGUACAAGUAUCUACUGUACGGUCCAUUUGUAGCCAAUGUGAUCUACUCCAAGGACUCGUGGUGCCUUCACAUCUUGAUCCUUUGUAUGCUUAGAGGUCUAGUAUACCAAUUUUGGACCAUGUUCGGCAACUGGCUCUUCCUGGUUCGUCGUCGUAGGAUCAUCAAAGACGGCGUUGAUUUCAAUCAGAUUGACAAGGAAUGGGAUUGGGACAACUUCUUGAUUCUUCAAGCUUUUAUGGGAGCGUUGUUCUGUUACUUGGUGCCCAACAUAAGCGAGCUCCCGGUUUGGGACCUGAGAGGUGCCCCUGUAGUUAUGAUGCUCCAUGUGCUCGUCUCAGAGCCUGGCUUCUAUUUGGCUCACAGAUACUUUCAUGGAUCACAUCAUUUCUUCAAAAAUUACCACUCCCAUCACCAUUCCUCUAGAGUCCCCAUGUCCUUCACUGCUGGAUAUGCUACACCUUUGGAGCAUCUAGUGAUGGGUGUGAUAAUAAGCGCGCCGCUUCUUGGGUCCCUUUUGGUGGGAGUUGGCUCUAUUGGGAUGAUCUAUGGCUAUGUGCUCUUGUUUGACUCCCUCAGUUGCAUGGGCCAUUGCAACGUGGAGAUCUUCCCCUAUAGGAUCUUUGAAGCAUUUCCAACUCUAAGAUACCUCAUCUACACACCCACGUACCAUACCCUCCACCACACUGACAAAAACUCCAACUUUUGCCUUUUUAUGCCUCUAUUUGAUGCAUUGGGAGGCACAAUCAAUGGCAAGUCCUGGGAGUUACAGAAGGAAGUUAGCUCAGGAAAGAAUGACCAGGCUCCUGAUUUCGUGUUCCUGGCUCACAUAGUCGACAUGUUCCACUCCAUGCACGCUCCCAUUGUCUUCCGGAGUGUCGCUUCAAUCCCAUUCUUCAUUCAACCAUUCAUGUUUUUCCUCCUCCCUCUCGGAAUGACAAUGAUGCUCUUGAUGUGGGCUUGGUCCAAAACCUUCGUUCUCGCCUUCUACAACUUGCGAGGAAAACUGCACCAGAUAUGGCUGGUUCCUCGACACGGGUUCCAUUAUUUCUUGCCUUUUUGUACGGAGGGCAUCAAUAAACAGAUUGAGAUGAGUAUCUUAAGGGCAAAUAAGAUGGGGGUUAAGGUGAUAAGCCUUGCUGCAUUGAAUAAGAAUGAAGCACUAAAUGGUGGUGGGACGCUCUUUGUUAACAAGCACCCUGAUCUCAAGGUCAGAGUAGUACAUGGGAACACAUUAACAGCCGCAGUUAUUCUCAAUGAGAUCCCCUCAGAUGCAAAAGAGGUUUUCCUGAAUGGAUCCACAUCGAAACUAGGAAGGGCAAUCGCGUUGUACUUGUGUCGAAAGAAAAUCCGCGUCAUGAUGUUGACGCUAUCGGCAGAAAGAUUUCAGAAGAUCCAGAAGGAAGCACCAGCAGAUUGCCAGCAUUACUUGGUGCAGGUUACGAAAUACCAGGCAGCACAAAAUUGCAAGAAUUGGAUUGUUGGGAAGUGGAUUACCCCUAGAGAGCAAAGGUGGGCACCUCCCGGAACUCACUUCCACCAGUUCGUUGUGCCUCCAAUCAUCGGUUUCAGAAGGGACUGCACUUACGGGAAGUUGGCUGCGAUGAAACUGCCUGAAGAUGUACAAGGGCUAGGAAUGUGUGAGUACACGCUGGAUCGAGGAGUAGUUCAUGCUUGUCAUGCUGGAGGCGUGGUCCAUUUCUUAGAGGGAUGGAACUAUCACGAGGUUGGCGCGAUAGAUGUAGAAAAGAUUGAUGUGGUUUGGGCUGCAGCGAUGAAACACGGGCUAAAACCCGUGUGA